GCCCGUCGUAUGUCUGAUGAAGAUCGGAUGAAUAUCGGACCGAUCUAGUGAGCUCCGGAGAAGUUUUGUCGUAUGGCGAUGGAACGCUCUUGGUUAGUUCGAGUAAGCACUCUACAGCAGACUCAAUACUACGUGCAUUCUCCACCGCGCGAUACUGUCUCUACGGCCCACGGCUGUCAUAUGGGCCUCGUAUGGUAAUCCGGAGAAUCGGCACCGCUGCCCCGAAGCUUCCCCGUUUCACGUUUCAAUGUCCCGCGCCGGGACCAGGGCUUUUCCGUUUUCGAGAUUCCAAGAGGCAUGGAGAGACCCGAGCCUUGACGUUAAAUAGAUACUCACUCACACACAUACAUACACACACUAUCUCUCCUCUGUCACAGCCAGUCUUGGAGCCUGAUUCAUUAACUAGUCCAAAUUUUGAAUUUAAAAUAUUACUAUUUAAACGUGCCUGGACGGAUAUGGAGUGUCUCGGUAUUCCUAUUGAUCAUCGACUGCGACGACUAAUUCAAAAAGCUCGGCCCAUCAAUACGAAUGGGGACUCUGAGCACAUUCGGAUACUCCAGAAAUUUGGAAAGGCCCUUAAAAUGUGCAUAGCGAGAGCGACUAUCUUUCUACAUGUGAUCUUAGCUUCGGACUCGAAUUGGCACAGCCGGAAUCAAAGGCCGGUGUGGUGGUUGUCUUGUUACGACCACAUUCGACACAGGAUAAUUCAGACGGUUUCUUAGCAGGAAGGCGCACGUGCUCAACUAUCAAUGCAGUAUCUGACUUGAUUUCUGCCGUGACUGAUUCCAAGUUAGGCCUAGAUGACAUCAACGUUUUUGAUGCAAUACCAUUUCUGGAUGAGAAGGUAGAAAGUCCAGAAUGCGACGACAUUAUUAGAAAGGCACAGAGUGUGUGCACCGAAAUGAUUAAAGCAAAACAGCCAAAUGUUGUCAUAUCAUGCUUCAGGACAGAGACCAGC